GCAUGAGCAGCCCGCCCUGAGAGCCGCCCGCCCCGCUCCGCUCCGCGCAGCCCUCCGCACCCCACCGCCAUGGAGCGGAUCCCCAGCGCGCAGCCCCCGCCCGUCUGCCUGGGCAAGCUGCCCGCCCUGGAGAGCGGCGACGUGCCGGGGCUGGACUUCGCGCACAUGUACCAAGUUUACAAGCCCAGGAGGGGGUUAAAGAGGAGCGAGGACAAUAAGGAGACCUACAAGUUGCCUCACAGGCUGAUCGAGAAGAAGAGGCGCGACAGGAUUAACGAGUGCAUCGCCCAGCUGAAGGACCUGCUGCCCGAGCACCUCAAGCUGACGACUCUAGGUCACUUGGAGAAGGCUGUGGUUCUCGAGCUCACCUUGAAGCAUGUGAAAGCACUAACCAAUCUCAUUGAGCAGCAGCAGCAGAAAAUAAUUGCUUUGCAGAGUGGUUUACAAGCGGGUGACCUGUCAUCAAGAAACCUCGAUUCCAGCCAGGAAAUGUUUCGAUCCGGUUUCCAGAUGUGUGCCAAGGAAAUGCUGCAAUACCUGGCAAAGCACGAGAAUGGCAAGGACCUGAAGUCGUCCCAGCUGGUCAGCCAUCUGCACCGAAUGGCCUCCGAGGUGCUCCAGGGCGGAGCCGGCCGCAAGUCCGGAGACAUCCCUCCUAAAAUGGUGGACUUGAAAGAGAAACCCGUCUCCUUGACCAAAGCGGCGGAGGGACACGGGAAAAACUGCGUGCCUGUGAUCCAGAGGACAUUUGCUCACUCCAGCGGGGAGCAGAGCGGCAGCGACACAGACACGGACAGCGGGUACGGGGGAGAGCUGGAGAAAAGUGACUCCAAAUCCGAACAGCAGUAUUUCAAAAAGGAUACCGAACUCAAGUACGCUGUGCAGGAGAGAAUAAGCUCUAUUAAGCAAGAGACUGAGGACCCGCCAGCCAAAAGGAGCAGGCUGGAGUCGCCGGAGGACGAGGGCCCUUUUGGCAGCGACAUGAUGGGCUCUUCCAGCAGCUUCCUGGGCCCCCACGCUCACCAGCCUCCCUUGUGCCUGCCUUUCUAUUUGAUCCCACCAUCCGCAACAGCCUAUCUGCCCAUGCUGGAGAAGUGCUGGUACCCGGCGUCCGUACCUGUCUUGUACCCCAGCCUCCCAGCCUCUGCCGCAGCACUUACGGGGUUCAUGAACCCUGAUAAAAUCUCCCCGCCUCUGCUGAUGCCCCAGAGACUCCCUUCUCCCGUACCGGCCCAUUCCCCUAUCGACUCCUCGGCUCUGCUUCAAGCUUUGAAGCAGAUUCCUCCUUUGAACUUGGAAACCAAAGACUAAGCGCAGUGUGACUUUUUUUUUCUUUUUUUUU